UUACAAUAAGUAUAGAUAUGAGCAACGAAAGAUAAAAGGGGCCAGUAGGAGAAAAGUGUCGCUUUAAAAGUGAUUUAGCAAAACUCUUUUGGGAAAGGACUGUUAGAUUUGGCUAAUGAUUGUAGUAUCAUAUGCUGCUAAAUUAUUUACUUCUCCCCUAAAGCCUCAAAUUCAAUGCAAUAACCAUUAUCUUUAUCUGCACAAACCACCAUUCCUUCUUCCCAAAGGACUAACAAGUAUGAUUUAAUUAGUUAUUGGUGGAGUUCAUUGUUCUUUGACACAUUAGUUGUUCACAAUCCUAUUGAACUUUAUGGUAAGCUAAUUGUAAAGUGCAGGGGAAGUUUCUAUUUUUUUAAUGGGGAUGUGCAUAUAUAUGCUAGAAAAGAAGAAAGGUGAUGAUCAUGCGAAGGCAAUAAACUCGAGGGUCAUAUCAAUAGUCGAAAUGAGAUUCAACUGUGUCUCAUUCCUGAUGGUGUAGGGAUGAAGCCAAAUCUAAAGUUUGAAGAAUGGCAUGCUGUUGAUCGCCUUCUUAUUGGAUGGCUUUGCAACACGAUGAUGGUUGAUGUUAGGUCUCAACUUCUCCAUUGUCACUUUGCUCAAGUUCUCUGGGAAGUUGCUCGGUCUCUUUCUGGUGCUUCAACCAGGGCCCAUGUCAUGGUUUUCAAGACAAAACUUCAUCAUACACAGAAAAAUGGCAUGAAAAUGGAGGAAUAUUUAUCUAAAAUGAAACACAUAGCUGACCAAUUGGCUUUUGUAGGUUCACCCGUUGAUUAUGAUAAUCUCAUGACUCAUACUCCAAAUAGUUUAGAUCAUAAGUAUAAUACCAUUGUUAUUAAGCUGAUUGACCAACCUAAUCUAACUUGGGUUGAUGCUCAAGCUACUUUCCUAGCUUUGGAAACGCGUCUGGACCAACUGAACCAGUUUGCUAAUCCCUUUAUUCAGUCCACAAUGAAUGUUGCUAAUAGAAAUGAAGAUCGUGAUAGUCAUUUUGCUAGCAGGGAUUAUUGUGGUCAUGGUUGACCAUGUAGUCAUGGGUCAUGGAAUGGAAAUCGUCUAUACUGGCGUUUUGUGCAAACGUCCUGGUCACAUAGUCGCCAACUGCUUCCAUCAUUUUGAUCA